GAGGAAGCGAUUUCUUACAAGUUGAGAUCUGAUAAACAGUCUCAAACAGACAAACAGACCAUUCUGACUUCAGUCUUUCAUUUUCUCUGUGAUAGAUUUUUACCAUUUAAAGUUUCAAUUUUUUAUGAGCUUUCAUUUAAAGUCAUACUUUCUGUUGAGAAGCUGAAGACAACACUGGCCAUGUUGUCGGCAGGAGCUGAAUGUGUGUUCAUGGGUUUGUUCCUGUACAUCUCAGGGGUUGGAGCAAACAGCAUCUGUGCCUUAAAAGGUUCAUCAGUGGAUCUACACUGCUCAGCUCAACUUCCCAAAUCAAGCAUGAAAUGGUUCACUGUUCGCUGGGAGGGCAACAAGAAGGUUCGAGAUCAGAUCUUUGCAGACGGAAAACGUGUGAACAUAUCUGAAGAGAGCGACUUCACUAUUACGAUCAAUGAUCUGAGAGAGAGUGAUAAAAACACUUACUGUUGUAGUGACGUUAAUGACAAACUAAAUAAAUGCCAGGGGGGAGAAAUUCAGCUCCUUGUUGCAGACCUGCAGGUGAAGGUGUUUCCUGCCACAGGAGAAAAGACGGUGUCACUGAUGUGCAGCAGCAGUUGUCCUCUGACUGAAAGCCCUGUGGUCUAUAUCUGGUACAAGAACACAGAGUUAAUCUAUCAGGACUCGUCUCCUUGGUACCAGGAGCUAAUCAGCAGUGAGGAAUCAGUCACAUACUCCUGUGCUCUCAAAGGCUACGAGCAUCUCAGAGCCCCUGAAGUCUCAGUGGCUUCUCUCACAUCAGCCUGCUUCACUGUGACCUAUGCUAAAGGCAGAAUGUGCUCAAAUCAGCAGAGACCAGAAGAUGAGCCGUGCUCCAUCACAUAUCCCAGAGAAGUACAAGUACAUGUUCAAAAGACUGAAGCAGAUGAGCAUUUCAAACUGGCCUGUAACACCAGCUGUCCACAGACUGAAGCUCAAACCAUCACAUGGUACAAAAACAGACGAUUGGAGCAGGAACCACAAUCAGUUCUCAGCUACUCUCCUCACUCUUACUCCUGUGCUGUAGAGCACUUGUUCUCAGAUGAAGUUUGUGAGUAUGAGCCCGUUUGUGGUCUGUUAUAAUUCAUAAAAGAUUUGAGUCAAGAGCCUGUAAAAGGGAGAAAGAUAAACUGUUUGAUGAUUUGUUUAAAAUCUCUGUUUCAGGUGUUCAGGAUCUAAACUGCUUCACAGUGAAUUAUGUCAACAGGAGGAUCUGUGCUCUGCAAGGUUCCUCAGUGAACAUCUCCAGUGAAUACUCGGAUCCUUACUACCAGCAGUCGGAGUCUAAAUCGUGGUAUAAGAACAGGAGAAGUGAUAUGGCGGCUGGUGAAGAGCUGAUAACGAGUACAGAUCGUAUUAAGUUUCAUGGAGUGAUGAACCGCCACAUCCUGACAAUCAAUAAACUGAACAAGAAUGACUCAGCAGAAUACAUAUUCAGAAUAGGAAGUGAUGCAGGGAGAUGGCCGGCUGUUCCUGGGGUGACUUUGGUCGUCACAGAUCUGAGAGUGAAGUUUAGUCCUUCUGAGGAGGUGACCGAGGGGCAGAGAGUCACGCUGACCUGCAGAACCAGUUGUCCUCUGACGGACAACAUGAACUACAUUUGGUACUUGAACAAUCAACCUCUGAAUCUGACAAAAACACAAAGCAAGUACCUGGUUCUAGACCCCGUCAGCAGUGAACAUGCAGGAAACUACUCCUGCAAGGUUAAAAUGCUCCAAAAGAGCUCUCUUCAAAAGAUGCUCACUGUCCAAAGAAGAAAAAGGACUCAAGCAACCAUACAAUAUGUUGCUCUUCUCCUGGUUAUAAUACCCAUCUUCGUCUUCUUGUGGAUUAGAAGAAAGAUGACUUCCAUCCAGUCUCCUAGAACUGAAACCUCCUUCAACUUGGAGGAGAUAAGCCCUGGUCAAGUGUACGACGACAUCUCGGCUCAACCAAUAGAGGAGGAUGAUAUUCUCUAUAGCAGCGUCCGAUUCCCCAACAACAGAGAUGCUCUCUACUCACAAAUCCAGUCACAUCAGCCCCAAGAAGAAGAGCAAAGCCCCUAUGCUGUUGUCAGCUUUAUACCUGAAACAACACCCGAGUAAACACAGUCUAUAAAUGCAUUUCUAUUUCCACUUUCAGGCAAACUGGCCUGUUAGUGGACCUCUAAAAUUAGUACAUCGCUACAAACAAAGGCUUAUUUUUUUAUCUGAUAUUUCCCCCUCCAUUAAAAAUAGAAAUCUCCUUCCACACGAAUUUUGUUUUUCUUAAUAUCUCUGAUGGUAUCUCUGUCACGACGAGAGCAACAAGACUACAAACACUCAAACAAGAUAAAGUCGUGGAUCUACAAUCGACCAAACAAGGACAUUUUCCGUUUUGUAAAAUAUCAGCAUUAGCAUGGACAAGGUGAUGUAUGGAACAUGAUAACUGUUCCUGUCAUUAUCUCUGCAUUGCACUUACUGUACGUUGAGGGGCAUCAGUUUGCUGUGCAGCUUCCUGUGAUGCACAUCUCCAGCUUCUUGAUGCCUCAACAGCACAUUUGAGAGCCCUGACAAACAGUCACCGCCUGUUUUAGGAAGCAGGAAGUUUUAGUUUCAGUGACCAGUCUGUUCAAACUACAUUACUGACUGGUACUCUUCACUGUGCAUCAACAACCCUUAAAGAAAUACUACUACUUCUGUGAAAUGUUGGGAUCAUGACUUAAUCGAGGUUACAACAAAAUGUUCUGUAGCGUUAUUGAUUAUCCUGCAUGAUACAAAAUACCCACGUUUCCGACACACAGUGGAGAUUCUAAAGUCUAUUGGGGCCCCAAGCAAAGAUUCCCAGGGGGCCCCUCAAACAGCGUUCGUCACAUUAUGUUAUAAAUUAUCUUACAUCAACGAAAGGUACGAAGUGUAAACAGUUGUUUAAUUAAAAUGUUUUCACUUACAUCAGUACAUUUUCCAAAAAACUAAAUCAAGAACAUUCCAAACCUUAAAAAUUUCUGAAUAUAAAUAUAAACAACCUUAAAAAACAUCAAUGAAUAAACGCUGUAAAUGUAACGCUAGCUUAAAUUUAGCCAAUGCUAAUGACAGCAUUCAGUUAAACUGUUAUACUUAAUUAUCUGCCUCACUUACCACGGUCGUGCUUUCUCCAGCGAGAUAUUUUACACACCAUCUUAGAAAUUAAUAAAAUCUUAUAAACGGUUGGCGAAGGUUAACAUUACAGGCUGGUUUACCAGAUCAGAAAUCUCCUAGCUAAAAUGUUAACUAAUCUCUAGGCCGAUGAUAGCUAAUAAUAGUUAUAUUACUUCUUUCUCUAACAUUAGAUUCAAAUAAAGAACUUUUAAAAUAAACUGUUUAUGUUCAUAUUUACUUGGGUAACAACAGAUCUCGCGUUACAGGAAGCUAACGUACGGUUCUUUGAAAAAGAGAAAAAUACUCACCCAGCAUGAAGUGACUUGUUGAUGCCUGUUUUCAGCGACUGCUAACUUUAACCAUGUUGGCUAAUGGUCGUCUCUAAAUGUCACUGAAGUCAAAGGCACAGAAAAAAGAUGCAAGUCGAGUAGUUCUUCUUACACAUUUACUAGCUGGAUGCAGCUACGCUAGCUAAAGAGCUAAAUCUUUACUUGCUAAGAUGGGACUUUUGUGAAGUCAUGCUAGCAACCCUGUAGGCUAAAGCUAGCUAAGCUUAACUACUUGCUUCCUAAACAAUUAAUUUGUUUUAAGGAAUUUCGGCUUGUUUUAAAACAAUUCUCAUUUGGGUAUCAGCCGUUAAGUUACAGAAAGCUAACGGCUAAAAAAUCUGACAUCAAAGGAUUUUUCUGUGGUGAAGCCUUAUGCUAUUGACUGAAGCUAAUAGGCUAACAUUUUUGUGUUUUUAAUUAUUUGUGGUGACUAAUGUCAAGCUAAAUGUGUCUAUACUUCUACAUUUCAUUUGCAUUUACACUAUAUUUUUGAUUUAUAUAACGCAUGUAUAUAUAUAUAUAUCUCUAAUGAAAUAUUUGUUAUGUCAUCUCUUCUGGCUUCAUUCUUACCAAAUAUUUUUUACAGCACCAGAAUUAAUAAAUAUGUUUUUAUACUGCA